CUGAACUUAAAGUUGUUAUAUAUAACAUGGUCCAAGUUAAAGCGAAAACUUUGACACGAACACAAAGGUUUUUAUUACUAUAUCCUGAUAUUUCAGUCUUUCAAUGGAGUUAUAAAUGGUUAGAUGGGUUUAUGAACUACUAUAAUUUGAACUAUGAUGAAAAGCAGCAGGAAUUUUUAAGUUUUGUUCUUUUUCAACGAAUGAAAUAUGAAUACUCUUUAAAUCUAAUCAGUAAUAUGGAUGAAACACUACUCUCAUUUGACUUGCCAAACAAUUUUACAAUUGAUGAAACUGGAGCUCGCAGUAUUAGUAUUAGAACCUGUAGAUAUGAAAAAUCGAAUUUUAUAGUUGUUCUUGGUUGUAUGUCAGAUGGUUCUAAAUUACUCCCUCUAAUUCUUUUUAAACUUAAAAAUGUAUCACGGCUUGAAUUUCUAAUGGGAGUAAAAAUUAGAACUAAUCAAAAAGGUUGGAUAAACACUGAUGAAAUGUUAUUUUGGAUUGAGAAUGUGUGGAACUACCAUGCACCUCAUUCUGUUGAUCCACGUUCUUUGUUAAAGCUUGAUUUAUUUCAUGUUUGGGAUGAUAUUGAUCUAACACUUAUUAGACUUGCGUUUAAGUGUUGUGGAAUUUCAAAUAAUCAUGAUGGUUCUGAAGACAUACAAAUUUUUGAUUAUAAUUUCUCAAAAGCGAACAGUUCUACAUCUUAUAUUUUUAGUGAAGAAGAAAAUUCUAAUGAAUCGGUUGAAAAUCAUGAAGGGUCUAGUAAAUCGGAUAAAAACUAUGAAGGGUCAAAUCAAUUGAUAGAAAGUUGUGAUAAUGAUGAAGGCUUUGGUCAAUCUUCUGAAAAUAAUUUUAUUUCAGAUUUUGGUGAUAAAAAUUUUGACGAGCAUUAUAAUGAUUUGGAG